GAGCGAGGCGAGUGGGGCUCGCUCGGGGGAGGCGAGAGAGCGAACGUUUGCUGCCCCGGCAGUGGAAGAGGGAUUCCCUGUUCCACCUGACCUCGCUCUGCCUGGGCCCGCGCUCAGUUCUCGAGCAGCGCAAGCUAGUGCGAUUACAAGAGAUUUUCGGCCCCCGAUGGUGUGUGAUCGCACACUGACUUUCCGAUAUGUUUCGACCAUGACCAGCCACCCGUCCACCCAGCCAUGGAGCGCAGCAGCAGCAGCAGACUCUAACGCCCUCGUUCCGCGGUUAAGUCUUCGUUGGGCUUUAUGAGGGAAAUUGGUGGAAUUUUCAGCUUCCGAAUCAGCGGCAAGACUUUCGAGAUAGAUAGAAUGAAGCGACGAGAAUACAUCAGAAGAGAGAAAGGUUUGACUCGGAGGUGGAUGGCCGGUUUUUCCUCGUCGUUUGAGGAGGAUUUUAGAUUUAGAAAGGGCAAAGACAGAGGCAGCAUGAGCUCCAGCUUGCCCUCGUGAAUGCAACAACGUCUGCUAAACCGGAAUCAGAUCUCGUCCCAUGGAGGCUGUGGCUUUGCUGCUGCGUCUGGACCCAACAUUUUCCUUUUUCAGAGGUUAUCCGAGGCCAUUAGCAGGAGCAGCACCGGGAGUUGUAGCAGCAGCAGCAGCAGACACCACUUAUCGACACAUUUAUGACCUGAAUCGUCAAGAUAUUACUCGACCGAUCGCACUUAGAUCUGGGCUGGCUGUAAAUCCACAGAAGAGAAAGCUCAGCAGGUCCGUGAUCCGAGAUGGUUGACAGGAACAUCAAAGGUCCUGGGCAGCAGCACCUGGAAAAGACUCUGUACGUUAGGCUGACUGGAGUGAAUCUGCAAGACCAUGGAAACGCAAGUGUUAUGCACGCAGCAGAGGCAGAGCAUGAUAACCUCCUGGCCUUGGACAACAGCAGCUUAUACACUCAGCACUGGUACGCGAACGCCCUAGAACGGGAGCACCCGUCCCCUGCACUUCCAGUGAUCAUCGACGGCCCUUCCAUCUUGGAAGAUGACCUUUGGAAUGAUCUCCUACUCGCUCAAAAUCACGCCCCUCCUCCCCCUCCUGCUCCUCCCCCUCCUCCCAGCCAGCGAGACGUGGAAAUGCAGGAUGAAGUGAACUUGUUGGCUCAGAAGAGGUCCGUGCCAUCCACAAACAGCAGCCUCGAUCUAGUACUGGAGGAGAUGGACGCACUGGCUCAGAGGAGCCAUGAAAACCUCACUAAUCUGGAUCGUGUAUCUCCGGAUCACCACCGUCACUCGCCCAAAGCCAGAUCUGUGCAUUGGCCCGAGAACGUCGAAGGUGGGGAGAGGACACCGAAGAGGCUAAAAUCUGACAGCUGCAGCACUCGUCAACUGCAGGCACCAACUGCCCGAGAGGUGGGUCCAAUUCCAAACACAGGCUCGAAUGAUGCAAGCCUGACACUACUGCCGUUGGAGCUGCUGGACCUUGAGGGCCCGGACAGUGCAGGAAAUGAGUUUCAAAGGCUUGAAGGACUAGAAUCCUCCAAGCUGAGUUCGUCAAACGGGCAGGGGUUUACCAUGGACAUCGAGGGACCAACCCACAGCACAUCGAGCCCUGAUACCACGAGCUCCGACUCUCAGAAAUCAACCCCACACUCGAGAAGUGCAGAGAGCGUCAGCAAGAAUCCACAGCCACCACCUGGCUCUUUUGCCCUCGCCAAGUCAUUCGCAGGCAACAGCCAAUUCCACUGCCUGGAGCCAGAGAAAGACCAGAAUGUGAGUCCUAAUGUCUUUCGCUCUUUGCCUAUGGUGGGACUGACUGGGACUCAGGGUCAGCGACUUCCUGUGCCGUCUGUGUCCUUGCCCAAGGGUACAGCUGGUGGUGGCAGAUCUGGCAGCACUCAUUUGAUGGAGAGGAAUGUUGGAGGGCGAAUCGGCGCCAACGGAGGAGCUCACAAUGAAUCCAGCGUAGCAAGAGAAUCUCGCUGGGCAGAGCAACUUCUCUUGGACUGUGCCGUAGCCAUCUCUUCCAAGAACUUCGUCAGGACCCAACAUCUGAUGUGGGUUCUGAAUGAUCUGAGCAACCUUACUGGGGAUGCAAAUCAGAGGCUAGCAGCUCACGGGCUGAAAGCUCUUUUCUGUAGAGUGAACGGAACCGCUGAAGCUGCAGGGACCAGUCCCAUCCAGGGGCAAAUGAAUGCCAUUCCGAAACUCGUUCACCGAGCUCUUCAGAAAUUUCACGACGUGAAUCCAUGGCACCAAAUGGUGUACACGGUGGCGAAUUCAGUCAUGCUGGAAAACUUCGAAGGAGAGGACAAAGUGCACGUGAUCGACAUAGGAGUCAGUCAGGGCACGCAGUGGCCCACCUUCAUCGAAGCACUCGCUACGCGAGCUUCUGGUCCACCAUCUCUGCUGAGACUGACAGUGGUGAAAGAAGAAGAAGGAGCGGGCUUUCCGGCCUUCCCACUGGGGCCCUCGUCCACAGACUUCAUGGCCCGUUUGGAGCGUUUCGCGAAACUCAUGGGCAUAAACAUUGCGCUGAGCUCAGUCGUGAGCUCGCUGGAGGGCCUGACUCGUGAGAAGCUUGGAAUCAGAGAGGGGGAAGCCUUGGCCGUGUGCACCCAAUUCCGCUUACACAGGCUCUCGGAAACCAUCGGUAGCGAAGACCAGCGGUGUCUGUCUCCGAGGGACUCAUUUCUCCAGUUCCUGCAUGGUCUAAAACCCAAAGUCCUGAUCCUGAGCGAGAACGAUGCCGACCAUCUCUCGACGGACUUCCUGACACGUUUUCGACCGGUGGUGGACUACUUCUGGAAGUUCUUGGAUUCCACCAGUUUCUCGUUUCAUGGUAAACAUUGUGAAGAAAGGCAGAUCAUAGAGGACGGAGAGGCCCGAACUUUGAUCAACAAUGUGGCAUGCGAGGGAGAACAGAGGAUCGAGCGAAAUGAGUCGCAUCUGGGAUGGACCCUGCGCAUGAAGAACUCGGGGUUUCAUCCUGUGCUGCCCAAGGAGGAAAUUCUCGACAAUAUUCGGGGUCUGAUCAGAAAGUAUGAUGCUAACUGGGAGUAUGCGGUUGAUACAGACUGCGUGGUCCUCUUGUGGAAGCAGCAGCCAGUCACAUUCUGUUCUGUUUGGAAACCCUCUCUACCCUUGCACAUGAGCGGAGACGAAAUUUAAGCCUGUGUUGCAGCCAAAGUCCAGCCACGAGGAUGCCACUGAUUUCUCAUCUUCCUCGAGCCCGCUUCACAGGUCUCAGAUUCUCGAAUGCCCACAAAGUCCAGGGAUGUAAUUUGCUGUGGGGCCUGUCCAUGAAUUCGCUUUGCAUCAUCAAAGAGACUAUCCAAAGGGACUACAAGAAGGAACUGCAUAAGAACUUUGCCUCCUGCACAAAGUGAUUGGAUAGGCCUCUCCUUGUCAAAGCUCUCGAGGGGAUCUGAGACUCUAGUGAAGCGACAGACAAGCGGAAACCUGAUGGCAGAUGGAGCGAACGAGAUACGGAACUUCGACCUCCUUCAGCCACAUUUUGCUUCAUGCGUCCGUGUGAUCAGAAAGACGGAGGCACUUCUGGGCUACAGAGAUUGCAAUCGGAGAUCAAGAUUCUCUCACAACCAGCGGGUAAUACGAUCAUUCCUGCUGAAGCCACGGAUCAGAAGGUGGGGCUCAGGCUCUUGGAGAAGUGGAUGUGUAAAGGAUUCUAAUGGAUGAUGGUUAACGAGAUUGAACCAGAUAACCAGAUUGAGGUCGAUGGUUAGAGGAAGGGAAGUAAUUGCCUUGGAAUGUUAAGCCUUGUAACACAAAUUUGUGCUCAAGCACGUAAAAAAGGAUCAUUGAUCCUUUCGAGGACAGGCCGUCCACUUUUCAAGUACAUAUUUCGCUAUAAAAUUAUUACUGCAGAACUGUACUCUUAACAUCUUGGACUCCGACUAAACAUAUAUAAAAGUAGUCAAUAUGUUAUAAAUGAGAAGAACGAGAGAUAUACAUCC